AUGGCCCCCACCCCCUUCCCCCCGCAGCCGUGCACGGAGGCGGUGUUCAUGGAGCUGUUCCAGCUGUACCGCGACACGCUGGUGCCGGAGCUGGUGCAGAUGCUGGCGUCGGUGCAGCGCAGCCAGAUCAGCCCCGACGAUCUGCCGGCCAUCCUCAAGAAGGACGCCGUCUACAACGCCGUGGGGCUGGCCGCAUUCGACCUAUACGACGACGUCGAUUUCGACGAGUGGUUCACCAACGUGCUAAGUCAGGAGCUCAAAAUCAAAGACAACAACUACAGGAUCAUCAGGAGGCGAGUCUGUCAGUUGAUUGGGCAGUGGAGCGGCGUGCGCGCCUCGCAGGCUCUCCGGCCGGCGAUGUACGCCGCGCUCAUCGAGCCGCUCACCCGCAGUGGUGAAGACCCCGCCGUGAAGCUCGCCGCAGCCGAGGCGCUGCGCAGCACCAUCGACGACUUCAGCUUCGACGUGGAGGUGUUCGCGCCGUUCGCGCCGCACGCGCUCGCCGCUCUCUAUGACCUCCUGGUGGAGUCGGAGGAGUGCGACACGAAGAUGCACGUGCUGCACGUGGUGUCGUACGUGACGGAGCGGUGCGGGGCGCGGGUGGCGCGCGGCGGCGGCGCCGGGCCGCUGUUCGCCUACCUGCCGCAGCUGUGGCACCACGCCGCCCACCACCACAUGCUGCGGGCGGCCGCCCUGGCGGCCGUCGUGCACCUGGUCAAGGCGCUAGGCGAGUGCGCGCCGAACAUGCGUCCAUGGAUCCUCAGCGUGGUGAACGAGUCAACGAAACUGAGCGAGCCGGCCCACGUGUAUCUUCUAGAAGACGCUCUAGAGCUCUGGCUGGCCAUACUCGAGACGUCGCAGACGGCGGACCAAGCCACGCUGCAGCUAGCGGACAACUUGUAUCCCAUAUUGGAGCAAUCCACUGAGCACCUGCGCAUCGUGGUGUACAUCAUGCAGGCGUACACGCUCCUCUGCCCCGAGGAGUUCCUGCUGGGCGCCGGCGGCCGCUGCAUGGCGCUGCUAGACGAGCUGUUGGCCGACAUGAGAACUGAGGGCGUCAUCGCCGCGCUCAAGAUGGCCGAGCUGUGCGUCGGCGUCGCUCUGCCCGAGAGGAACGCGCUGCUCGGCGUCAGGGUCGUGUGGCCGAUGCUCGUCAGGGUCGUCAGGUGCCUGCUGGAAGGGGACGACCUGCCGAUGGUGCUAUCCGUGCAGCUGUGCCUUCUCUCGCGGGUCAUACUGCUCUCGUCCGACCUCUUCUACAAGGCGGUCCAGGAGGCCGCGGCCGGCCUGGCCGAGUAUGACUCCGACCCGGCCAAGGUCCUAGCCAGGGUGCUCCACGUGUGGACGGAGAAGAUGAACCUCGUGACCCAAGUGGAGAGGUGGAAGGUUGUCGGCUUGGGUCUGGCCGCCCUUCUGACGACGCAGAACGCGACUGUGCUGCAGCGGUUCCCGGCGAUAUUGUUGAAUCUCUGCGAGGUUUUGAACGACAUUAUGAAGACAGAAGAGAACGGGACGUACGUCGACGGGCUGGUGGCGCCGCCCGGGUCGCGGCCCGCGUCGCCGCUGGAGGGGCGCGGCGGGGCGGCGCGCUGGGCGGGCGCGGGCGGCGAGGACACGCCGCACGAGGCGCGGCGCCGCCGCCUCGCCGCCGCUCACCCCGCCCACGCCGUAGACCUGCGCCUCGUCACGCACCACCAGUUGGAGACGCUGAAGGGCCAAGUGGGCGCGGAGACAUUCGACCGUCUCCUGCAAUCGACCGAUCCUGACACCCUGCAGCAGUUGAGGGAAUACAUACCGCUC